CGAUAAUUGAUUCAUUCUGUUUUUGCUCGUUAAAACACUGAAUUAAAAUUAAAAUAAAUUCUUUUCCUUGCAGGUUUAAGUAUAUUAAUUAGGUCGGUUUAUCUGAAAAAUAAACGAUAUUGUUUCCUACUAGGAUACUAAUUUUACUCUUAUCAUCACCUUUCAAGAAACCCAGUUGCCAACAACUUCAAUAACUCCAUCAGCCCUAGCCAAAAAUUUAUCUACUCCACUGCGCUAUGGCAUCCAUCUACCAGUACUACAUGUGGCAAGAUUCCUCCGCCAACGCCCACCAUUCUUUGCCAGACAAUUCCGCAGGCCCUACCGCUACUGAUAGCGACACAAUCGAUAUCCAUCUCCACUUCCACCAUCUUCUUGAAAUACAUUACCCUGAGAACACUUCAAUUCCCUUGGCCACAACCCACAUAUCAUACCCUUUUCCACGCAACCUAUUCUUGUCCCAAGACUCUCGCUCAGCUGCUGUAGACGCUCUUCUUUCCACCAUCGGUGCAUCAAGAGACUUCAUUGAAUCUGUCACUCCUGAUGUUUCCUCGUUCGCUUUCGACAUGGUUACUCUUCCAUGCAACAGCAAGGUUAAGGUACUGACCAUGGGUUUGGCUAUCUUUGUUGUUACCCCUUACGAUGAUCGACAAGAGAUAGAUCGUGCUUUAAGCGAAAUAAUGCAAGAAAAUCCAAGGUUUGAGCCUGCGAGUAAAUCUUGCAUUGAGGGUUUAAAGAGGGUUAAGCUUGUUGGCGAUUCGACGAUGAUGGAGAAAUGCAUGAUAUGUUUGGAGAAAGAAAUGGUUGGUCAGGAGGUUAUUUGCUUGCCUUGUGGGCAUAUUUUCCAUGGAGAUUGUAUCGUUAGGUGGCUAGAAACUAGCCAUUUGUGCCCUUUAUGCAGGUUUUCGAUGAACUUGUGAUGAUUGGCCAAAGCUAAUUGCUAAACACCAACACAAAAACUCAAACUUACUAUCUUAA